AUGCGAGAAGAAGAUCAAGAAGAGGAGACAGAAGAGACGAGUAUUGAAGAGGAAGAACAAGAAGAACAACAAGAACAACAAGAAGAAGAACAAGAGGAAGAGAAAUCAAUCAACGAGUUUGCUGAAGAAAUCGUUGAGAAUUGUAUCGAAGAGGCGCUGGACGAGGCGAUCACUUCUUUAGAGAUACAAGAUUAUUGGCUAAACGAAGAGAAAAGUGAAGAGGAAGAGUCAAAUUCACCACCAAAAACGGGUAUCUUCCGAAAAGAGAUGAUAUGGAGGAUAUUUAUUGCACUCAUCGUUGUCUAUCCAUCAAUAUUUUACGUUUGGAGCGGUGGGACAACAAAAACUCGGCAGCCAUACCCUCCACGCCCAUUUUUCUCAAACUUCAGUCGACAAUAUGUUGCCGAUUUCCAUAGUGGAGAUGCCACAGCUGAGAGAUUAUCAAGCCAUAACAAGAUCACAAUUGUAAUGUAUUAUGCUCCAUGGGAUCGUUUCUCGGCAGCAAUGAGAAGGCCGUUUGAAUUCGUCGCAAGGGAGUUCGUCAAUGAGCCACAGGUCCGCUUUGUGGCGAUAAACUGCUUCGCACUGGCGGGUGAAUGCAGGAGAACGUAUCGAUUGUUCUCUUAUCCGAUAAUUAUGGCUCAUGCAGGAGCUUCAGCUAUCUCAGUGUAUCAAGGAGAGUACUCAGCUGAUCAUUUCUACAGAUGGGUUGAAGAUUUACUUUAUCCAUUCGAUUUCUUGAUCGAUUCUCAAGAUAUUGAACAGUUCGUUGAGAAAAAUCUCUUUUCAAUCAUUGGUUAUUUUCCUCAAAAUGGAAAAUUCCCAACAAGCGAUCUUCGAAGGUAUCUUGCUUGUGCUUUUCAGUCAAAUACUGGGCAAAGAAACCGUCAAGAUGCUCGUUUUGGGGUGAUCACUAAUCAAAAGUUGGCUCAAAGUCUCGAUCUCUCUGAAGGAUUACCAAUUGUGAUGAAGAUUAGAGAGGCUGCAAUAAUGUUCCAUGAUGAGAUAACAUCGGAAAGAAUCGAGGAAUGGUUGAGAGAAAACGCGAAACAUGACUCUGCACUGCACUGGCUAACGAUUAAUAAGCACAAUGAUUUGAGCAGCACUUAUUUGGACAAUUUACUCACCAAAUUCCCAACGAUUUUGUUGUUCGAUCAGCAAAAACCUUUAGCCGAAAAUGAACUUCUCAAAACGUUUUCUGAGAUCGCUGAAGAAUAUUGGGAUUGCAAUCAAAACACGAGAGUACCCAUUGUUCAAGAAAUUGAGCCAAUCGAUUGUCAACAUUCAUUAACAUCAAAAUUGACAAAAGAUUGCUGUGAAAUGAGUUGGAAUGAGAUUCAGAUGAAAGCUCUCUGUAACGGGCUUCGAACUUGCUCUUCUACGAAUUCUCCUGAAAAAUGUUCUGAGAAGUUGACAAUGUGGUCAAAACCGUCAGUUGAGACUUGUCCAAUCAUUGCUGACGUGGAAACAGUUGAGAUUUUGAAGAUUUGUUGUGAGGAGAGAUUUGUAAAAGAAGAGGAUCCAAGAUUGCCUGAAGCACUUUGGGAAGAGAGAAAGAAACGACGGGAAAUUGCUUCGGCUAUGGUUUGCUCAAGGAAGAGAACACAUAGGAAAUCGAAGUAUAAGAUGAAAAUCUCUUCUUCAUCAACCGAUCCUUUGGAAAAUCUCUCAGUGAAGUCAUUCGCCUGUUCCUACAAGAAUAACACUCUCCAAUUCGGCUUCAUUGACUCAAAGCAUUACUCAUUUUUUGCACAAAAAUGGGGACUAAAAACUUUUCUUCCAACUCUUAUGGCUAUCGAUUCUCAACAAGAGCUUUUCGCUGUGUUAGAAGGAGUGAACAAAACAAAUAUUCGUCGUUUCAUCAUCGAUUUUCACGAUAAAGUUCUCGAUGAUUACUAUUUGACUGAAGAGCGGCGGAAGAGUGCAUUUUCGCAUGAAGCCCCAAAGCUUGAAGAAACGAUUCCCGGCCGAUCAGUGCUCAUCGAGCGGCUCACCGAGUUGACGUUCAGAGGAGCUGUUGAGAACAAAACAAAAAUCGAUACGAUCGUCUAUUUUUCGGGUGGCAGCUGGCACGGAGCGUCGAUGGUCAAUCUUCACAUUUUCCACUCAAUCUCGAGAAUUUUUCUCCCAGCUGCCCAGGGACUUGUUCGAUUUUAUAUGAUUGACACCUCAAGAAAUGAGCUUCCAUACAACUACAACUUUGAGACCUAUCCGGCGAUUGUUGUUUUCAAUGGGCAUAGCGAUGAUCUCUCAUGGAAAUUCCCAGAAGAUGCCCCAAUUACCGUGCCGAAUCUCUUCUCUUUCAUUCUAUCAAGAUGUAGUCAUCAACUAAGGCUGAAAAUAGCUUUUGAGCUUCUGGAUCGCGUCUCCACUCCUCGUGCUCUUCGUCGCCUCAAUCGACACAUUCAUUGGUUAAAGACGAGAAUUCGUUCUUUAAGAGAAUCGCAAAGACAACUCAAACAGCUACAUCAUGAUCCAUUGCACGCUCAUCACAAUGAAGUAGUGCUGAAGAAACACGUGAUCCAACUACGAGCUGCUCGUUCAAUGAUCUCAGCGAUUCAAGCAGAGAGGCUCACCUCGAAUUCGAGUCUCUUUCAAAUCGAGAGUCUUCGAGCAUCCGAUUUGUUGACUUCAAUCAAAAUGUUGCCUAGUUUAGAU